CGAACCACCAACCCAACAACUCGCCCAGACCCAAAUUCGUUCCUUUCCCUUCUUCGCUCGCCUUCUCUCAUCAUCUCCAUUCUCUGUACGGUGUACUUCGGCCGGAUCCCGGCGAUCUCGAAUCUGCCGCCGCAUCUCCCGCGAGCUUGAUCUAGGAAUUAAUUUGCUUUAUCUUCUGUUCUCCCAUCGGUAUGGAGGACUUGGGGCUCCUCGCCCGGGACUUUGGCAUGAGGCCCCAGGGCAAGUCUGCUCCCAUGGCGGCUUCUAGAUCCUCCGUUCCGGUCGGAUCCGUCCGAACCCCUUCUGCCGUCCCGACCUGGAACAAGCCAAGAUCCGGCUCGUCUCCUGAUGAUCCCCUCUUUGGUGGCGGUGGUGGAGGGGGUAUAUCUGCCGAUCGAGUCCCUUCUUCCUACGAAGACGUGUUUGGAGGGCCACCCCAAAAGUCUUCCUCUCCACCUUCGAUCGACUCAAUCUUCGAGGGGUUUAAAGAUCCGGUGCCGCCGAAAUCGUCGUCUUUGCCUGUCUAUGAUAAGCCCGUGUAUGAUGACGACAUAUUCGUUGGAGUUCCUGGGGUGAAGAGCUCCUCGUCAGCCAAGUACGUUGACGUAUUCGCUUCUUUGGGUUCUGCCGCGGAAAGUGUUUCGUCUCCUCCGUACGAAGAUCUGUUGGAGAACCUCGGAAAGGGAAUGCCGGAUUCCAAGAGUGCAGGGGAAAUGCGAUCAUUGGAGAAGAAGGAUAAAGAUUCUUCCGUUUUUGAGGAAUUGUUACCGGGCUUUGGUGGGAGCAGUCAGCCACAGAAGAGGCAAGAGCCAGUGGAAAACCACCAAAAACCAGCCAAAGCAACUGCCGCCAUACCAGGUGAUCCAUUUUUAGAUUUGCAUUCUACUUCAGUACAUCAAUCUUCUGGGUCUUUUGAUGAUCCCUUGGAACAAAUCAGCCUGUCUAUGGGCUCUGGAAGCACAAAUAUUUAUUCUUCUUCUGUUGGUGGGGCUGUUUUUGAUGAUUUUGAUGGUCUUGGGAAGUCGGUUCCCUCAUUUUCAUCUGGGGUCACCGAAACAAGAAAGGAUAAGAUUCCUUAUGAAGUCAAUCAGAACACUAGCUCUGGAUUCAAUUUUAGUGAGGAGACACAUCAGAGAUCUCCAGUUGAUACGAUUGAAAAUACUACAUUUAAAAGUCAACCUACCAGAGCUUUUGAAUCUCAAAAUUCUGCUGGUAGGAAUAGUUCUCGAGCGUCGAGUACCUUUGAGCAAAACUUUGCAUCAGAACAAUCCUCAAAAUCCCAUCAACAUCCUGAAGCCGUUGAUGAUUUGUGGCUCAUUGUUUCAGAAAUUCCUCUUUUCACAAAACCUACUAGUGCUCCACCACCUUCUAGGCCACCACCUCCUAUUAGUGGCAAGAAGUCACCAUUUGUCAGGAUAGAUGAGCCUGCUUCACCUGGUAUAAGUGGCAGGAGAAAGGACGCUGAUUCAUUUACACAGCCUAAUCAAAGCUACUUGUAUUCCAGUAACUCCGUAAAGAGAUCUAAUGUUUCCUCGAUAGAUGAACUGGAAGAUUUUACCAAGGUUAAGCCACAGAAAUAUCCUAAUGAACAUGCUGAAGUUUUUCCCUCAGAGGAGGAUAUUGAUGCAAAUUUGAGGGAUGCAAUGGGAAAAGCUGAGGCAAAGUUUAGGCAUGCUAAGGAGGUUAGGGAGAGGGAGCGGGAUGCAAAAUCUGCUAGAAAUAAGGAUUAUGUACCUUAUCAAAAUGUUGAAACCCCAACAGCAGAACCUCAAUACACAGAAGAUAGAGAGAAACAAGAGCAAUUGGAUCGGGAGCGUUUACAGAGGGAAAGGGAGGAAAAAGAGGAGCAACAAAGGAAGCUUGAAAGGGAAAGAGAAUUGGAACGGGAGCGAGAGAGGGAAAGAGCUAGACAGGCUGUGGAGAGGGCCACACGAGAGGCACGGGAAAGAGCAGGUGCAGAAGCUAGACAAAAAGCAGAGAGGGCUGCCGCUGAUAAAGCACGUCAACAGGCAGAACGAUUUGCAUUUCAGAGGGUAGCUGCUGAAGCACGUGAAAGGGCGGCAAAUGAGGCAAGGGAACGAGCUGAAAAGGCAAAGGCAACUGUAGAAAGGGAAAAAGCCGCCGCCACCGAGGCAAGAGAAAAGGCUGCUGCAGAAGCAAGGGAAAAGCUUUCUGCUGAGAAAGUUGUAGCAGAGGCACGGCAGAGAGCAGCAGAAAGAGCUGCUGUUGAGAGAGUUGCUGCUGAGGCUCGGGAUAGAGCAGCUGCUGAAGCCAAAGAGAGGGCAGCUGCUGCAGCAAAAGUAAAGCAAAAUAAUACUGAUGAUGAUCUUGAGGCUUUUUUUGGCAUGGGGUCUCGAGCUAGCAGUGCACCUAAGCAAAGGGCAGCAACCUCGGACAAUAUAUUUGAUUCACAAUUCCAAAGCAGAGGAGCUCCGGAAGCAACAAGGAGUAGUUCCUCUAGUUCAAAUGCCAACUUGAAGAAGGCGUCUUCUGUAACUAAUAUUGCAGAUGACCUGUCUUCCAUUUUUGGAGCUUCUCCAUCACAUGGAGAAUUUCAAGAGGUUGACGGAGAGACUGAAGAGAGAAGGCGGGCUAGAUUUGAAAGACAUCAGAGGACACGUGAGAGAGCGGCAAAAGCUCUAGCUGAGAAAAAUGAACGUGAUAUGCAAAUGCAAAGGGACCAGGCAGAAAGACAUAGAAUUGCUGAAACAUUGGAUUUUGAGAUAAAGCGUUGGGCUGCUGGUAAAGAGGGCAACUUGCGUGCUUUGCUAUCAACAUUGCAAUAUGUACUUUGGCCAGAAUGUGGAUGGCACCCCGUGUCUUUAACCGAUUUGAUUACAGCUGCUGCUGUUAAAAGGGUUUAUAGGAAAGCUACCCUGUGUAUUCAUCCUGAUAAGGUGCAACAGAAGGGGGCAACUCUUCAGCAAAAGUAUAUUGCCGAGAAGGUGUUUGAUCUCCUCAAGGAAGCUUGGAACAAGUUCAACUCAGAGGAACUCUUCUAGCCAGUCUCAACAGAAGAUUUCAUCGACAAAACCGCUCGAGCUAUCGGGUAGAGAUGAUCGUCCUUUAGUCAGUGGUAGCAAUUUUUUUUUUGCAUUUAUAUCUUAUUUUUGUGCUGCCAUAUAUGUCAAUCAUUGAAUCAAGCUUUUAAACUACAUUCUGCCGUUAAUGAGAGACAACAAAAGAGAAAAGAAGAGGCAAAACGCUAUUUUUUAUGCCUGCCUGUAAAUUUGACAAAUGUAGAGUAUCAAGAAGAUUCUUUUUUUCUUUUGAAUCUGCAUGUUUGUUUGGUUUUCAAGCUUAGAAUCUGCCCCAUUUAUUUGUUAACUUUGGGUCUGUCAUAUUUGUUGCUCGGUUGAUUUGAAUGAAUUGUAUUGGAGGAAAAACAAAAGGAGAUUGUAUUGGGAAUGAUAUUAGGUGUUGGAUUGCAACA